CUCCUCUUCCCUUGUUGCCGGCAACCGACUUCGUCCCAGAGCCAAGUUGUCGCUGUGUGUGUGUGUGUGUGUGUGUGUGUGCACCUCCCCUAAAACCAUGCGGCUCUUGGAAGACUUCUUGGCGUUCAUGCUUGGGUGUGUGCCCUUGUUGCAGUUGUGGGAUGGUAUGGAAGAAGGAAGGCAAAAGGAACGUGCCCUUUUCUCUCCUCCCCUCCCCUCAUUUGGAUGUAUACCCUUCCCCCCCUCUUCCCUCGCGCCGCGCACGCGAGACAAGGACCCCAGUAUCAAGGUCGCCUUCGACGCCAAGAACUCCGAUUGAGAUAUCUCCAAAGGCCAUGUCUGCUAUGUUUAGAGCUGGUGUUCGGGGUAAGAAGGGGGGGGGGGGGGGGGGCAAAA